AUGACAAUAGAAACUGAUUUAUACUACUGUUUUAUUCAAUUAAAUCAUUUAUAUAAUAAAAUCAAAAUAAGAAAUGUGUUAAUGGUAAUUAUCAAAUUGGAAUGGACUAACGAAGUAUCGAUACCAACAGAAACAAAACUCAAUAAUGAACAUAGUAAAACUGAAGAAGAGAAACAAGAGCAAAGUGAAUCGGCAGAAAAUAGAACUGAAGAUGUUGGAAUAGGACAAAAGAGUCAAGAAAAGAUUGGAGAGAAUAGGCAACAAGUGGAGGAAAGAUGGCAAAAACAUGCCAGAAUAGAAUGA